UAAACAGAGUUAAUUGAGAUACGUCAGUAUUAUAUUCACUUGUCAAAUUAAAAUCGUCUGUGUCUGUGAGCUUGACUCCCCAAUACCUAUAGAGAGGAAGCUCCUUAAGGUUAAAUCAGCAGAAAGGAAUAUACGCCACUGAAAAUGGACUCCAUUAGAAGCUCACAAAUUACUGUAGCCAUACAACGCAUAUCAGAGUCUGUGUUUGUGGGACUGUGUCGUAAAGUGGGGACCUCACAACUGGUGGCCAUGAGGAGAGAUGUGGUGGACAUCUGGGAGAUGGUGAGAAAUCAAGUGACAACAAGUGAUGUGUUCAGUAUGAUGCUGAGUGGAAGUGAGAGUGAAGGACUCAGACUGAAAGGAUCAGAUGUAGACAUAAUGUACUGGCCAAAUAAUCACCGUGUGAUCUGGGACUUAUCUCAGUCUCAGUAUUACAACACACACAGACAAACACUGAUCCUCUGUGACUGUUCUGAUAGUCCACCAGGAUUCACUUUGUUAUAUUUACUGUCACCAAGCAUGUAUAGACAAAUCCAGAGAGCAUGUGUUAGAAUGAAUAACAGAUAUUAUAUAUCUAGUUCUAAACACAGACAGAUCUUUUUAUCUGAGUCACCACUACUUUAUAACAACACUCUACAUGGACCCUGUGCCAGUGGAACAUUUGGAACACAAGAAUAUGAUGCUGCCCACUGUUUUAUUAGUGACUUUUGGCCUCCCUCUGCCUCCCCAUGGAUAGACAGAUGCCACUCAUGGCCCCAGCCUCAUGUUGUUGAUGAUAUAGUGAAAAAUGGAUGUCACUUUGUAGCAAUUGGACACAAGCUAGGAAAUCAUGAAGAUCAUGAAUGGAGAAUUUCUUUCUCCCUAGCAGAACAAAAACUUGUGUAUGUAAUGAAUCACUGUCAAUUCUUAACUUACGGCUUACUUAAAUUGAUCUUAACAGAAAUAAUUAACAAUGGAGUAGGUGAUGAUGAUAAAUUACUGUGUUCCUAUCACAUGAAGACAGCAGUUUUCUGGGUGAUUCAACAAAAUACAAUACCUCACUGGUGUCCACAAAAUAUCCUGGGGGGUUUCUGGGUCUGUUUUAAACUCAUCCUCAAAUGGGUGUAUGAGGGGGUCUGUCCUAACUUUUUUAUUCCAGGCAACAACAUGUUUCUGAGUAAAAUUCAUGGCAUCAAACAACAGCAAUUAUUUGUAAGACUGUCAGAGUUGUAUGAAAAGGGUUUAGCAUUCCUGCUAGGCAGUCCCUCCAUUAGAUCUUGUAUUAUAGAUGUCCUCUAUAACCCCAGAAACUCCAUCUGUACAGAUGAUCAUACUCUGAUUUCUGAGGUUGGGUUUGAUAGAAAUCUAUUUAAUGAGAUAAAGCAGCGUUAUGUCGUAACAACCAAAUUGAACAUACAAAUCUGCAUUAGAUAUUUACAUACAAUAGAAAAGAUGAUAGGUUCACCCCUCCUGACACAGUAUCAAGUCCUCAAGCUACAGUACAUUACCGCUAAGGUCCUUCAGGACACUGCUUUUAUGUUUCACAUGGAAAUGUACACACCCGACAACAAACCGAGUUAUAGAGCUGACAAAAUGUCCUGUCAUAUGCUGAAAUUAACAGCCAGGUUUGGCUGUAUUACAGACAUGCUGUACAUAGCCAUGUAUUAUUACAAGACAUUUAGAUAUGUGGAAGCUUUAUCUAUUAUAGAGAUGAUCAAGGUCAAGUUAACACAGCCAUAUGUGAUGAUGAUUGGGUAUAAUGUAGGUAGAGCGAUGUAUACUGAAGCUGUAGGGGGACAGUCCUGGUCUACAAAGAUGAGACAGGCUGUAGUAGGGAAUAUCAUACUUAUCAAUAGAAUCCAUUACAUCAGUGAAUUGAUACCUGAACAACAGUCUGCUCUACAGAGAGACAUGUCUUUAUUAUAUAUCCCACAUUUGGUAAUGUUAUACAUGCUUGAGAUUUUGUGCUACAGACAUGUAGACAAAAUGCAAGCACAAACAGCUCUAGAUGAUCUACAGACCCUAGUUCACUAUGAUCAGGGACAGCUUAUACAUUUAUAUCUCAGAGAUAUAUCAUUGCAAAUUCUGGGGAUCUGUCAACAGGUGACAGGGAACCCCCAGGCUGCUCUAUACUCAUACCAACAAUCUCUCAGACAAGAACCAAUCAACAACAUACAAACAGCUACAGAAAUGAGAAUACAGAGUUUGUCAAUGGAUUCCCUAAAUUAACUAAAUGUCAGAUGAUAUUUGUAGGAAAUUACAGAUAGAGAUUUAUCAUUUACAUAUCCUCUUUUGAUUUCAUAUUUUCUUUUCUGUCUGUUUUAUUACAAGUAUUACAAAUCUAAUAACUAGUCUAUAAAAAAAAUGAAAGAGGCACCAUUGCUUAUCAUCGAUACAGUCAAACCUGUAUUAAGCAGUCACCUAUGGGAGACAUUAAAAGUGACCUUUAUAGAGAGGUGACCUUUGGAUAGAGGUUCAUCUUUUUAAAGGAAUUUAUAUACAAAGAUGCCAGUUUAUUUGUGUUUAUAUAUAAUGUAUUUCACUACAAAAUAUACAAGGAAGUUAUG